CUUGUUUCACAUUUUCUCUACAAACUGAACCAAUUUCAACGAAACCUUGUCUAUGAUCAAAAUAUCCCAUUAAGUUAGCCAUGAACAUAAAGUUAAGAUAUUUUUCAUUCUUUUUGGUUCUCUUACUAAGUUUUUCCAAUGUCUCUCACCAGUAUGCUUGCACCAAUGAAGCUGUAAGAAACUUACCAUUUUGUAAUACGUCUUUGGCUCACAAAGACAGAGCCAAUGACCUAGUUGCACGCCUUACCCUUCAAGAGAAGGUUCAACAACUCGUAAAUAAGGCUUCCGGUGUAUCAAGGCUUGGUGUUCCUGCAUACCAGUGGUGGAAUGAAGCACUUCACGGUGUUGCCAGUAGCUCGGGAGUGUCCUUCAAUUCAACUGUUCCAGGUGCAACAAGUUUCCCGGCGGUCAUUUUAUCUGCAGCAAGUUUCAAUUCCACACUAUGGUAUGAAAUGGGGAGUGUGGUUUCCACUGAAGCUAGGGCUAUGUAUAAUGUGGGUCUUGCAGGGUUAACAUACUGGAGUCCUAAUGUUAACGUUUUUAGGGAUCCUAGAUGGGGUAGAGGGCAAGAGACUCCAGGUGAGGACCCCUUUAUUGUGUCCAAGUAUGGCGUGAAUUAUGUUCGUGGACUUCAAGAGAUAGGUCCAGACGGGAAUGUCACAAGUAAUGCACUUAAGGUGUCGAGUUGUUGCAAGCACUAUACUGCCUAUGAUGUUGAUCAUUGGAAAGAAGUUGAUCGCUUUUACUUUGAUGCAAAGGUCACAUUGCAAGAUAUGGAGGAUACGUAUCAGCCACCAUUUAAGAGCUGUGUUAUUGAAGGACAUGUUAGCAGUGUGAUGUGUUCAUACAAUAAGGUGAAUGGUGUUCCUAGUUGUGCUGAUCCCGAUCUUCUUAAAGGAAUCGUAAGAGAUCAAUGGGGUCUUGACGGAUAUAUUGUUUCUGACUGUGACUCACUUGAGGUCUACCACAACCGAACCCAUUACACUGCAACUCCUGAAGAUGCUGUUGUGUUGGCUCUAACAGCAGGUUUAGAUAUGAAUUGUGGUAAAUACUUAGGUGACUAUACAGAAAAUUCAGUUAAACAAGGCAAAGUUUCAGAAUCAAUUGUGGACCAAGCUCUGGUCAACAACUACGUGGUGUUGAUGAGAUUAGGUUUCUUUAAUGGAGAUCCUGCUAAACAACCUUUUGGUAAACUAGGACCGUCUGAUGUAUGUACCCAGGAUCAUCAAAAUUUAGCCCUUGAAGCAGCUAAACAAGGGAUAGUCUUGUUGGACAAUAAUGGAAUCCUUCCUUUGAAUCCUAAAACCACAAAAACUCUAGCCGUUAUAGGUCCAAAUGCUAAUGCUACGGAAGUUAUGAUAAGUAAUUAUGCGGGUAUCCCUUGUAAGUACAUUAGUCCUCUUCAAGGGCUUGAAAAGUAUGCGGCAGUGACUUACGAACCAGGGUGCGUCGGUGUUAGCUGUACUGAUGGAAAUUUUAUAGAAAAUGCUGUGCAUGCUGCAGCAAAAACUGAUGCAGUCGUGAUAGUAGUGGGACUUGAUCAGUCUAUGGAAAGGGAAGGCUGGGAUAGAGUGAACUUGACAUUGCCAGGAUUGCAAGAGAAACUUGUUACGGAUGUGGCUAAUUCAGCAAGUGGUCCAGUGGUUCUUGUUAUCAUGUCAGGGGGUCCAAUUGAUGUAUCAUUUGCGAAAAAUUUGAGUAAAGUAGUAGGGAUUUUGUGGGUUGGUUAUCCUGGUCAAUCUGGAGGAGAGGCCAUAGCUCAAGUCAUAUUUGGAGACUACAAUCCAGCUGGAAGGUCACCAUUUACGUGGUACCCACAAGAAUACGUCGAUCAAGUACCAAUGACAGAUAUGAACAUGAGGGCAAACACAACCCAGAACCUCCCUGGACGAACUUACAGAUUUUACACUGGUCCAGCCUUAUACAACUUCGGGCAUGGACUUAGUUACUCUACUUUCUCUAGCAUUGUUAAAUCAGCUCCUUCGGGAAUACAAAUACCACUGCAGAAAUCUCAGAGCAUCCUUGCACCCAACACUAACCUAUCUGAAUUCAGCUCAGGAGAAGCUAUUGACAUCUCAAAUGUAGAUUGCCAAAACCUACAGUUCAACAUCGAGAUUCGAGUGAAGAAUCGCGACGAAAGAAAUGGAAGCCAUGUAGUGUUAAUCUUUUGGGUACCACCAACCUCGGAAAAGGUGACUGGGUUGCCAAAAAUGCAGUUGAUAGGUUUUGAAAGGGUGCAACUACUGACAGGCAAAGAAGAAAGUGUGAAAAUCAAAGUUGAUGUUUGUAAGGAAUUGAGUGUUGCUGAUUCGGAAGGAAAGAGGAAAAUCAUACUAGGUAAACACACAUUAGUUGUUGGGUCUUCAAGUGAUAAACAAGUAAAGCAUAGUUUUUAUGUCAGAGCAAGUGAAAGUGAAGGAGAGAUUUCAUAUUUCAGUAGCACUUGACUACUAGUAAGAGUUUAAUAUGUCAGAUUAAAUAAGUUGGCAGCACAGGAGUUAGUUAUGUCUUGAAUUGAUGUAUUUCUGUUUCUGAUUAAGCACAGAUUUACAUUCAUUUUGAACUUCCUACCACAACAUCACAAUCUCUUAAUACAAAUUAUUGGACUUUUCUUA